UAUUUUGUGUUUGUCAGUCAAGAGUAAAAUUACCAUAAAUAUAGGUUAUUUUUAAUUCUUAAAAUUUGUAUAUAUUUAGGAAGAUAGUAAUAACUAUAUACAUAUAUACGAAAUGUCUAAAAAUAAAGAAUCGUAGCUAAUUUUCUGCAAAUAGAGUUUAUUAUUAACAUUAUAUAUAUACAUAUAUAUGUUAUUUACAUUUUUGCAUUAUUUUCAAUUAUGGACUUGGAUCAAGAAUUGUUGAUAAAUUUCGCGCCAAUUCUUUUAAUAUUUGUUUUCACGAUUGCUAUAUUGUUGACUAUAUUUUAUAAACUUAUUAAAAUUCGGCGUCCUAUUAAAGUGAACUGUUGGUUUUGCAAUUAUAAUGUAAAAAUUUGGAGAGACGAAGUGAAUUGGUGGCUUUGUCCAUUUUGUACACAGUACAAUGGUUUUUCAAAGGAUGGAGAUUAUAAAUAUAUCAUUCCAGAACAAAGAAAAAUGCCUCACACUCCUAAAUUUUACGCUAUUCGCAAACCUUCUAAAACAAUGGCUUACAAAAAUUACCUCUGUACUUUUUGUAAUAGCAAUGAGGAACUCAAAUUAUUAGAAUUUCGUAAAUUUGAGGAAAUAAAUUCAAAACGAUCAGAAAAUGAAAUACAGGACUUUAAACAAAAUAUUGAAGAGAAGUAUCCAUUAUGUUUCAGAUGUAAACAAAUUGUAAAUAAUGUUUUACAUAAGCAAUCAUUAUGGCUUACGCGUUAUAAAAUGAUGGUAUUCAAACAAAAACCUGUAAAAUUAAUUUUACAUAAUAGAUACAGAAUUGCAAAGGUUUCUCGAAUUCUUUUGAUAAUUAUAGUCAUUGCAAUCAUAUAUAAUCAUACACUUUGGCCAUUGUCUACUUUUGGUAUAUUGUUGCAAUUAGGAAUUUGUUUAAUUGAAUCUCAAUAUGAUAAACAAGAAAUAUUUCUAAUAAUAUUGUGGAUAUGGAUAAGUGUUUUGACAACCUUCAAUGAAUACUUUUCAAAGACUGAUUUAAUUAUUUUAUGCAUAUCAUUAAAUUGUAUCCUUAAACAUUUUAUUAUUGCACUGGGAUCGAUUAUAGGAUUUAUGAAUGUAAAAACAAAGUCAUUUAGAAUGUCAAGGAAAAAUUUAACAUUUAAAAAGUUGGACACUUCUCCAAAUAAUUCCGAGUCAGAGGCACAUUUUAUAUCAUCUGGACUUUCAUCUUUUACUAUAUCGUCAUCAUCAUCAUCAUCAUCAUCAUCAUCUUUGAAAGCAUUAAAAGUGUCUAAUGAAUCUGAAAAUUUGUCAGAAUCUACAGUGCCUACUAAUUCUUCACAAAUACUAAAAAAUAAUCCAUCUUAUUUCAAUCAAUUCUCAAUUGCUAAUUGUAAUGAAGUGGAAAAUUUAGCAUUUAGUGAUAGUAUAAACAAUUUAAGUACACUAUCAUUAAACCAAGAUUAUCCGGAAAAGUUGGUGAAGACAUCAAAUAUAUUUGAAACGAAAACAUACAGUACAUCCAGCUCAGAAUUAUUUAGUAAAUAUAAUAUGGUCAAUAAGAGCAGUAAAAAAUCUAUUUUAACACCUUCUAAAUUAAAAUCUAUAGCCGGAUCUUGGAUGGCGGAUGGAUACUGGCAAGAUGGAAUUGAUCCGUCAUUGUUAUCAAGAUCAUCAAGUCAAAGUUCCUGCCUUGGAUCUACAGGAUUCAAUGUUGAAUCCUCAAGGGAGACACCUGUUUAUAAUGACUUUGAUCAAUGCUCCAUUGCCUCAGGUACGAUGCAAUGUUGUUGCUCUUCUCAUAAACUGAGUCAAGUUGCUUUAAAUACCAAUUGUCGUUACAAUUCUUCAUUUAAUCGACCAGCAAGUCAUAUUUACAACCAAUUAACUGAUUUUACACAUAAUCAAACUUCAUUCAAUAAUUCUUUGCCGUUGAUGCAUUUGCAAGUAAACAAUUCCCCAGUUCACGAUCAAUACAUGAAGCUUUCAGAAAAUGUAAUUAACCACAUGCAACAACCACCAGUUUAUUCGGGGCAUACUACUGUGAUAACUAGUCCAUUUUGGUUACCAUUACUUCUGUGUUACUGUACCUUGAUAGUUAAUAUUAUAUUAUUGUGUGUAGUUUUAUUACGUUAACGUUAAAUUUCCAUUUUUCGUUUCUCAAAAUUAGAAUGGAAGUACAUUGUCAAUAUUAUUAAUUUUUAUUAUUAAAAUAAAAAAGUGUCAAUAUUAGAGGUGUGCAAAUGACCGAAUUUUGUCAAUUUGCACACCUUUAAUAACAAUAUACGUAUGAUAACAAAACGAUUUAUUUUGUAAAGAUUGUUGACUUUCUAUGUGAUUACCGGUUUUUGGUAAGUCACUAAAAAAUAGCUCAAAUUUAUCGCUUUUCCAUUAAAGAAAGAAAAAAUUAAAGUUCAAGUUGGUUUGACAUACUUAUUUAAAAACAGUUUCAUUGUUAUUUUUAAAAAUUUAUAAUUUAAUUUUUCUUUUAUAACUUUACUAUUAUGUUAUACCUACAACAAAAUUUAUGUGACUAAUUUAGAAUACCAGUAUGUUGACAACUAAAUUAAAGAGAGGGAAAAAUAUAUUUGUGGUUUUAAAAUAUGUCGGUUAUUAAAAAUUAAAAUACACUUUUAUGUACCAAUAAAUUUAGUACAAAAUUUUUAAGUCUUUAUUUUAAAGACCAAUUUAACUAAGUUUGGCUUAAUUAAAAAAAAAAAUAAUUUUUUUUUGAACUUAAAGUAUGUUUUCAGUAACUAGAUUGUUAAACGAGUUACCUCUAUACUGAGGUUCUAGGUUUUAUACAAAUAUAGUUUUGUUUCUUAAUUAUUAUUGAGAUUUUAUUCCUUUAAGUUAUUUAACAAUAUGUAAUAAUGAUUUAGGACAUUGAGAUUUUCAUGUCUAAUUUGAAAGCAAUGUAACAGUAAACAAAUCCUUCUUAAAUGAUCUAAACUUAUUUCAACCCAAUUAAUUAAAUCUAAGUUUUACACUUUAAGUUCUUGUAAUGUUAUAAUAAGAAACAAUAAUAAGUUUCUGUUAAUAUUAAUACUGCCCUGAAUAUUGAUAGGAACAUACAUUAUGAGUUUAAUAUUAAAUAGUAAACUUUUAAAAUAAAAACAUGUACAAAAUGUAGGUAUAAUAUACAUAUAGUUUAAAUAAAGUCUUUCCAGGUUAUAGGUGAUAGCCGAGUUUACUGUUUAUAUGUAUAUGUACUAUAGUACACAAAAGUUAAUAUAGAUAAUCCAAAUAUGAAAUAAAUCUCAUUUUAACUAACUA